GUUACAUUGCGCGUUAAUCUCCUACAAUACCAGUGCUUUAACUGGGCUUUAAUCACAGCCGAAUCAUUUGUAUAAUUACACUAAUUGUGUUUUAAAUACAUGGAAACUAAUAGUUUACAGGUUGAUGCAUAUAAAAAGUACCGUAAAUGGUUUAUUCAUAAAUAACAGUUGCAAAUUGAAAAGGAAGUCGUAACAACGAAAGACGACAACCUGGAAAAUAGUUUGUUCAAACGGGGCAGAAAACGUCUAUUUGCUGAGCGGGUUGAGAUGAUGCUCACUGUUUGACGAAUGCCAGUGGCAGAACUGCAUUUUCUGCGCUCAAAACGGUUCCAGCAUGGACAGCGUCAGAAAAGAAAAGUCAGGAGCAACGUCUCCAACAGCGUCACGCCCUAGGGACACAUUUAUGAAAACUGACAACAAUUUGACCGAAGGGUUUUCAGAUUCUGCUUCUAACUACAUGGCAGGAUUUUGCAGUACAGCUAAUUCAAUGUACUCGCUUAGCGGCGUCUCUCCUACAAUGCGCAAUUCUGGAAAUGUGGACACGACGUGCCACGGAGCUAACUCAACUAAUGACACGACAGAAAGCGUUGCAGUUGCUGAAAACACGGCUAGAUAUAAUGACAGUAGAGAAGCUGGAAGAACAGAGUCAAAGGCCAACAAUUCUUCUUGGACGACAUCAUUGGCAGAUAACGAAGGACUGGCGCUACCUCCAGCCUCAGGGUCAAAAGUAAGUUUGAGCGGAGUAUCCUCUUCGUCAGUUGGAAUCUGCAAAUUUAUUAAAGAUGAGCAGGACUCGUCCAGUCCAAUGGAACCCCAGUCGCCUUACUUUCAUCCAUCAGGAAAUAUAACGACUUCGAACAGCUCGUAUGGAACAUGUGACGAGGAUUCAGCGACGCAUCACCCCCCGCAUAUGUUUACGGACUAUAAUCGGACGACUGCGUUGCCUCUCAUUCCCAAAAUCACGGAAGAUCAAUUUAGUUUUCCCUAUCCUGUCGGUGAAGUUGUCGCGAAUAGCUGCCUGACGGGAUACGGACAGCGGUCGCCGCAGAAUUCACUUAUGUUUAAGAGCGAGCUUUCAAAGCUAUCGCUUCCGACCUCGUCUCCAGAAUCUCAAAGUUGGUGUCAGUCAACAGGUCUGUUGGAGGAUCAGCACUUCGAGACUGGCUAUUUGCCUCCCGGGGAGAUCCGCAAUACAUAUGUGACACACAAUUCCUUGAAGUCGCACAGCUUGUAUAUGGGGAUGUUGUCCCAGAAAUUUUGCCUCAUCUGUGGGGAUGAAGCCUCUGGAUGUCACUACGGGGUUCUCACGUGCGGCAGCUGCAAAGUAUUCUACAAGAGAGCCGUUGAAGGGCAUCAGAACUACCUUUGUGCCGGGAGAAACGACUGCAUCGUGGACAAGAUCCGCAGGAAGAACUGCCCGGCGUGCCGCCUGAGGAAGUGCUACCAGGCCGGAAUGACCCUGGGAGGUCGGAAGAUGAAGAAGCUCAGUGCUUUGAAGGUUCUGGGUCUGACCCAGUCCCUGGCUGUCCGCUCGCCGCUGGGCGCGUCCUACGAGGGCCAGGCCCUGGCCACCCUUCCCAGCAUGCCUAUGGUCAGAGAGCUGCAGUUCACCCCUCAGAUGCUCAGCGUCCUGGAGAGCAUCGAGCCGGAGACCGUGUACUCGGGGUACGACGGCACCCAGCCCGAAACGCCCCACCUCCUGCUCAACAGCCUGAACAGGCUCUGCGAGAGGCAGCUGCUCUGGAUCGUCCGCUGGUCAAAGUCCCUUCCAGGAUUUCGCAGUUUACAUAUCAAUGACCAAAUGACGCUGAUCCAGUACUCCUGGAUGAGUAUGAUGGUGUUCUCACUGGGAUGGAGGUCAUUUCAGAACGUGACCAGAGAAUUUCUGUACUUCGCACCAGAUCUCAUUCUCAGCGAAGAGAAAAUGAGGAAUUCUCCCAUCUCUGACUUGUGCAUGGCAAUGCAAAUCAUUCCACAAGCAUUCGAUAACCUUCACGUGACCAAGGAGGAGUUUUUGUGCAUGAAGGUCUUGCUGUUACUCAACACUGUGCCGCUGGAAGGCCUGAGAAGCCAGGCCCAGUUCGACGAGAUGCGGCACGGCUACAUCCGCGAGCUCACCAAGGCCAUCCAGCUGACGGAGAGGGGCGUGGUGGCCAGCUCCCAGCGCUUCUACCACCUGACCAAGCUCAUGGACGCCAUGCACGAGAUCGUGAGGAAGGUAAACCUGUACUGUCUGAGCACCUUCAUCCAGGCCGAAGCCAUGCAGGUGGAGUUCCCAGAGAUGAUGUCAGAGGUCAUAACCUCCCAGCUGCCCAAGGUUCUGGCAGGCAUGGUGAGGCCCCUCCUCUUUCACAAAAAAUGAUGCCCUGCCCCCCACCAGAAUCAUGAGAGAAUCAUCAGAGGCCCCCCUUUAUAACCCUUCCCUCAAAGGAUCCUGGGAAAUACAAUAUCAAAAGUCUGGCAAACUACAGCACAUGAUACAGGAAGCACAAGAAGAAUAUAGGACACUCCAGUAACUUUUAACAAUAGAUCCUUUUAUUUCUUGUUUUUCCCCUGAAGAAUCACUGACACCUUUUCACAUCUGGAAUAAUGUGACAGAAGGGAUUCUGGAGAAUCUCAGACACUUUAGUGCAUUUGGAAAGGCAAGUUGCAGACUGAGAAAGAGACUGUAGUUUCUUGUGAUCUGAUUGUCUCUACCAAGUUUUAACCCAGUGAUAUUGCUCAAUGUUUUGGGUGAUUGGAGGUUGAGCGAUGGGCUGUGGAAAUGGGGUUGUUUUGAAUAAAAACUGCAGGGGAGAUUGCUUUAUAAUGAUUAGGCCAUUUCAGUUAGCCCAUGAAUAAUCAUUUAUUUAAUUUUUAUGUGAAUGUAAUAUUUAUGAUGACCAUCAUCGCUGGUCCGUGUCAUGCGUAAACCUUGUAUCUGCAAACAUGGAAUUCUUGGGAAAAUGGAAUUCAGAACAAUUGACAUUUUCCCAUGUGCCAAAGAGUGUUAUGGUUUUGAUCAUUUGUGUUUGUGAACCAGCUUUAUUUGCUGAUGAGUUAUGAAAUUCUGACAGUACACAGAGCCAGCUGGAACACAUAACGCAUGUUAAGACCAAAUUGACAUGAGGUUGGAGAUACAGAGUUUAUGUGAAGCACUGUUGUUGGGAAUAGCAUAGCAUUUACAAGGGAAUUAAAUGUGCUUGAGUGUGCUCAUUGAUUUUCAAUCAGCUGAAACCUAAUUUCUCAUUUUCGUGUGUAUGUUUUUUUAAUUUUAAGAAUGUAUUCUGAUAUUCCAUAUAUUGCUUUGUUUGGAUAGGGUGUUUUAAAAGGUGUCAAGCAGGAGCCCUCUUGUAAAAUGUGCCAAGCAGAUAUAUAUAUAUAAGAAAAGAAGUCAGAAAAUUGUUUAAGUGUCUUGCAUUUGAUAAAUGGUGAACUAAAAUUACACAAUAAAACUAGCCAGAACCAUU